AUGCUCAUUGGAGUAACUAAAUGCAACAAGAAUGGUUCCAGCUUGCUGCUUGCUGCACGUUCUUGCAUGGCCACCUUGGCUGCUACAUGGAGGCUGACUUCAACAGAAACAUUAGAACUGUCCAAUAACUCCCUCAGUGGUGAAAUUCCUUCCAAUUUAUCCGCUUGUUCUAUGCUUACUUUUGUUCAUAUGAGAAGCAACCAACUAAAGGGAGAAAUACUGGCUUCGUUGGGUCUCUUGUCAAACCUGAUAAAUUUGAGAUUUUACAACAACAGUUUGACAGGGACUAUCCCUCCUUCCUUGGGGAACUUGUCAUCUUUGAAGGAACUUCAUUUGGCUUUAAAUGGAUUAACUGGGAAUAUACCUGAAACUCUGGUACGACUGACAAAUCUUUCAUUUUUCUCCAUAGGCGAAAAUGUAAUCUUCGGUAUUGUCCCUGUUGGAAUGUUCAAUCUAUCUACUGUUAGAGUCUUUGAUAUCGGUGACAAUAAGAAUCAAGCAGUAGGAUGGAACAAAAUAUUGGGAAGAAUCUCGGACGGGAUUGAAAAUUUAAUCAAUUUGGAGGUGCUAGAGGCAUCAGGGAACGAAUUAUCAGGUUACGUUCCCUUUGGUGUUGGGAGGCUUCACAAGCUAAAGAAAUUUUAUGCUGAUAGUAAUUUUCUCUCUGGAAUUAUUCCCCACUCUAUUGGAAAUUUAACAAUGUUAAUGGAACUUGCUUUAGAUAUUAACAAUCUUCAGGGUGACAUUCCUUCAAGUCUAAGUAAGUGUCAAAAUUUACUUCUAAUGGGUCUUUCUAAUAACAUACUUAGUGGACCACUACCCGGUGAAGUAAUUGGAGUCCAAUCCUUGUCCAUUUCGCUAGAUUUAUCAUCAAACUAUUUGACUGAAAACCUUGGUAGAUGUGUAAGUCUGGAGUACCUAUUCUUAGAUGCCAAUUUGUUUGAAGGGUCCAUACCUUCAUCUUGGAGUUUAUUGAGAGGUCUAGAGGCACUGAACGUAUCUGACAAUAAUAUUUCUGGUGGGGUUCCAAAAUUUCUUAAAGAAAGAAAAAAACCAACAACUUGUCCAGAGAACUCACUUUUACAGUUAUCAUACGAAAGUAUCCUAAGGGCUACCAAUGAAUUCUCCGCACAAAAUUUGAUCGGUUCAGGAAGUUUCGGUUUUGUAUACAAAGGAAUUCUUGAAGUGAAUGGAGAAGCUAUUACAGUAAAUGUGUUUAAUCUUUUGAAUCACGGAGCUUCCAGGAGUUUCUUGGAUGAAUGUGAGGCCUUCAGGAACAUUCGACAUCGAAAUCUUGUGAAGGUAUUAACAACAAUUUCAGGUGUCGAUUAUCAAGGCAAUGAUUUUAAAGCCUUGGUUUAUAAGUUCAUGGAAAAUGGAAGCUUGGAGGAGUGGUUGCAUCCAUCUGUUAGCAUGAAUGAACCGGAGACGGUAAGAAACUUGAACUUCAUCCAAAGAGUUAAUAUUGCCAUAGAUGUUGCUCACGCACUAGAAUAUCUGCACCAUUGUUGUGAAACAUCAAUAAUUCAUUGCGACCUCAAGCCAUGCAAUAUUUUACUCGACAAGGAAAUGGUUGGCCACUUAAGUGACUUUGGCUUAGCAAAAAUCCUUUCUACAGAUAGGCUUAACUAUUCUUCCAGUCAGUUAAGCUCCCUUGGUUUAAGAGGAACUAUUGGUUAUGCUCCACCAGAAUAUGCCAUGGGAAGUGAGUUGUCAACAAAAGGCGAUGUGUAUAGCUAUGGCAUCCUCUUGCUAGAGAUGUUCAUAGGGAAAAGACCAACUGAUGAAAGGUUCAAAGAAGAUUCAAAUCUUUACAAAUUUUUAAGGCAGCUUUACCCAAUCGAGUGA